AUGGCGGGGUUGCCUGUGGCAACGUCCUUCACGGAAUCCAAGCCUGCUUUCGCUAAGAGAGCUUUGGAGGUCGGGCUCGCGCAAGCCGAAGUGGACCAUCUUGUCUCCAAACAGGUUGACACUCUCUCGAAGUUAGCUUUUGUCCUGGUUCCUCCUGGGAAGGUUCCUGAGGACAGUGCAGUCGUUGGGCUGCUCCCAGUAGGUUCAAGUCAGGGAGCCAUAGCAGGGCUCAAGCGGCUUCUUUUCGAAGCCCAUACAUUGAUUGUGUCAGCCCUCAAACAAAAGGUGGAGCGCACUGAGGAGUCCUUGCCUCUCACUCUUGACAUAGCCGAGCGAGAAGAUCGUUUGGCAAGCCAGAAAACACGUUUGGGCGGGUUGACAUUUCAAGGUGAAGAGGAGGUUGCACAUGGUGCAUACGACCUUGUCUUCUCGAUGGCCCAGAAGAACGAGCUCAUUUGGUUGGCGCCUGAGAAGUUCAACACGCGGCGUGCAGAAAUCAGUGCCAAGAAGCCUUCUAAAGAGCUCGUCAUAGAUGGGAGCGGCGUUGCGGUUAAGGAUAAGCCCCAGGUCCUCAACUGUGCCAUCAACUCUGAACUAGACUUGGUUGGCCAUGCACUUGUUCAACGCCUCCAGGAGGCUCCCCCUCCCAACUAUGCCAAGGUCUCUAUUGCUCAGGUUCUCCGCGCUGAUCGAGCGGCAUUCCUCCGGCUGGCAGAGUUGCUGCCCACGUUGCGCCGCAGCGGCGUGGGCAAGCUUCCUUUGGACGAGCAGCUUCCCAACAUCCUGCUCGACCCUUCAGUCGUGACCGUGGAGGUCUUUUGCGGAACUGGGCGGCUCAGUGCUUCCCUUCGUAGUGAAGGUUUUGAUGCCUUCGGUGUUGACCAUGUGGCUUCUAUUGCACAUCUUUGGAGCAUCUUGAAGGAUCCCGCUGUCAAAUUCAUUCAUUUUGCGCCGCCCUGCGGUACCGCAAGCAGGGCCCGUGACAUCCAGUUUCCCGGCGCCCCACCUGUCCUCCGCAAUGAGAGCCACCCCGAAGGGGUUCCUGAUCUUUCGGAGAUCCCUGCACUCAGAGUGCAAAAGGCUAACAUGCUGUAUAAGUUGACUCUUGAGCUAAGUUCUUACUGUCUUCUGAACGGCAAAUAUUUUUCCUGUGAAAAUCCGAGCCGCAGCUACCUUUGGCUGCUUCCACAGUGGCAGCAGUUCUUGAAGCGCUCGGAUGUCUUUCAAACUGUCUUUCAUCACUGUGAGUUUGGUGGCAUGCGUCGCAAAGAGACGCUCCUGGUGCAUAACAUCCCCAAAUUCCGCGAGCUUCAUCGUUUGUGCUCUGGCAAACAUGUGCAUCUGGGCUGGGGCAAGGUCGGCCGUACGUGGGCAACCAGCGCUGAAACGGCCUACCCCUGGGGCCUCUGCAAGUGCAUGGCGAGCUUGCUGAAAGAUCACUUUUUGGAACUUGGCUGUCGCCCAUCUCCCAAAGCUAUCGAUGAAGGCGCACCCGCCAUCCAAGGUGCGCGUGCUUUCACUGGAGCCCAGACUCGCAAGCGCGUGCCUCCGCUGCUUAGCGAAUUUGCGUCGGUUCACACUGUCACUGUGCCUUCCAAUCUUGCCGCGUCUUUCUUGCGUCCUGGCCAAAAGCUCCCGUCUCCGUGGAAGCCCGGAGAUGAUGCUGCUUGCUCUCCGGCAAUCGAGUGCUUUCCGGCAGGCAGCCGUGUCCUUCGUGCCCAUGUGGUGCGCAAGGGGAUUGAGGUUGGCCCUAGUCCCACGGCUGUUUCCCCUAGUUCCGGUUUAGUCCCUGCAGCCCCUCGUGUGUUGGGUGCCGAGGGUUUUGAGAAAAGCAAUCUGCUGAAGCCUUCUAGCAGAAAGCGUCCUUUUGCUAAUGUUCUUGGAUGUGCUGAGGCUCCUCUCGGUCUGAAUCCUGACGAUACCGAGGUUCGAGAAGCCAUGAUGUCGGGUUCUGCCGAGCGAGUUGCUUCGCUUGUAAACAAGUUGCCUAAAGUACACCGCAAAGACUUGUCCUUGUUGCUUGACUUGCUUCCUUCAGAACCUCUUCGUUGGGAGGGCGAUGCUGGAGCGAAAUCGUUCCAAGGUGGCAGCUUUGUUCACGGCCCGAUGUGCGGGGUGCGAUCAACGACCAAGCAGUUCCCGGAAACUGUCAAGGCAAUGUGCUCUUAUGUCAAAGGCCUUUUUCCAGGUUUGGAGUUCGGAACUGUUGGGAUGUUCAGGGAUGUGUCUGCUCAGCCCCACCGGGACUCGAAUAAUGAAGUCUCCACAGACAAUGCGAUUGCUGCGCUAUCGGAUUUUUCUGAUGGCUCUGUGUGGAUGGAGGAUCCUGCGGGUGACGUCGAGCUUGAAAUCAAAGGUCGCGCAGUGAGAGGUGUUUGCAUUCCCGUCACCCAUGAAGGCUUCAGGUUCGAUGGCCGUCGCCUGCAUUGCACAAGGCCUUGGACAGGCCGGCGUGACGUUAUUGUUGCGUACAUGCCGAGGGGGCCUAAGAAACUUAAAGCUGAGCACGCCUCUUUCUUGGAGAGCCUGGGAUUUGUGCUUGAUCGAGCGGCUUCGGGGUCCCAAGUCUCGCCUGGGGACAUGACUAAGGCUGUCAUUGGUGUGUACCGGACACCAUCGCAGUUUGUUGAACAGGCAAUUAAGGUUGGGCACCCCACGCAGCUCUCCGCUCUCAUGCCUUCCGAGAUCUCCUGUGCAGUCCGGAGAAUCCAUAAAGAAGGUGAGGCCAAUGUGGCCAAGGAGCGCACCGCAACACUUCGCCGGUGGGUUAGCAGAGCAGCCGACUUAGAGCCGGCCGAGCGCGCGCUAAAGGCUGACCUUCCUCAGUUUCGAAAGGAUGUUCUUAGUCCUAAACGCCUCGCUCUUUUCGAGGAGCUGUUGCUUGAAGUGGGACAUGAGGACGUUGACCUUGUCAAAGACAUUGCCCAUGGGUUUGACUUGACAGGCAAGCUGCCUAGAUCAAAUGUUUUCGCUAAGCGCUUUCGUCCUGCGGAGCAGAGUGAAUCUCAACUUCGAUCCAGCGCUAAGAGGCUGCGUGAUGGUCUCUUAGCAACGAUCAAAGCUUCGGAGGAUCCUGUGAUUGACCAGGGUGUUCUUAAGGCGACGAUGAAGGAGCUUGAGCGCGGCUUCGUUGAUGGACCGUUGUCUCCAGACCAGAUCCCUGAAGAUGCGUCCUUAACACAUCGUUUCGGAGUCAUUCAAGGGAGCAAUGAAGACGGUCCAAAGGUGAGGCCCAUAGAUAAUUACCUGUCUUCCCAAGUCAAUGCCGCAGUCACGCAGGUUGAACAAGUCAGCGUGCACACCAUUGAUGUGGUGGCCGGGAUGCUGGCCUGUUGGUUAAAUGAGUGGUUCGUCAGCGGGCGCCCAGAGCACAGCACGCCAGUGUGCAAGGCGUGGGACCUGCGUACCGCCUAUAAACAACUUCCCCUUUCGGAUUUAGCUUACGCCUUAGAUAGUUUCUUUGUGCUCUUCAACAUUGAGCGUGGGACGAGCGAAAUCUAUCGCCAGAGGGUGCUUCCCUUCGGCUCAACAGCCAGCGUGACCAGCUUCAUAAGAACGGCUUACGCCAUUUGGAAAUUAGGUGCCGUAGGGUUGACUCUUGUCUGGAGUGAAUACUUUGAUGACUAUCUGAAUCUUUGCGGCAAGGCUUUUGCUCGGCAUAACGACUUUGUAAUCUCCAUGUUAUUCCAACUGCUGGGAUGGGAGAUCUCGAAGGAUAAGGAGCUCAGCUACGAUGCACUUUGCGUCGUCCUGGGAGUGCAAGUGAACCUUCGUGAUGCCAAGCUCGGUUUGGCUUACUUGGAGAAUACCGUGAAGAGGCGGACCGAGGCGUUGUGUGACAUUGAGCGGGCUUUAGCAACUGGUAAGCUUGAACCUAAAGAAAGUGAAAAGCUAAGGGGCCGGUUGCAGUUCGCUUGUUGCCAAAUUUUUGGCCGGCGACCAAAGGCGGCUUUGAAGUUGUUGUCGCAACACUCCAGGCAACGCAGAUGGGACGUCAGCCAACUCACGCGGCUCGCACUCACUCAGCUGAAAAGUUUCCUUGAAAGUUCCAAGCCACGUCCAGUCAGGGCGCGGCGUGAAGAUUUUGUCCAUGUGUAUGUGGACGCUUCCUUCGAGCCAAACGGCCAUUGUGGUUUAGGAGGAGUAGUCUUCAGUUCUUCUGGUGAGGCGUUGUGCUGGUUUGGUCAAGCUGUUGCCCCAGUACAUGUGCAGAAGCUUUUGAAAGCUGGUGACCGCGAAAGGGAGACAGUGAUCUUCGAGCUUGAGGCGCUUGUGCUCAGCAUUUGCCUCGAGGCAUUUCGCCCGUACGUCGAGCGGAAAGGUGUUGUCAUUUUCACUGACAAUGAGGGCGUGUUCGGAAGCUUCGUCAGAGGCCAUAGUGACAAUGCUUCUUGUGCUGCCUUGAUCGACUUCUUUGCUUGCUGCGAAGAGAGCCUGGAAACGAUCUGCUGGCUAGAUCGUGUGCCAUCCUCUUCCAAUCCUGCAGACGACCCCUCACGUGGCGUGAGCAUCCGAGGUGCACCACGUGUCGAUCUUGACAUGAAUCUCUUGAGUCGCGCGCUUCCUGAAGUCUUUGGGUGA